GCACCAUACAAUACCCCGUCUCGGAGCUUUGGAUAUUCUCCAUACCAAGACAACUGUGAGGAUUAUUAUGAACCUCAUGGUGAUCAAGAUGAUUAUGACGAACAAGGGCCAAUGUACGAUGACCAGCUAGAUCCACUUAUUGAAGAGAUUUUGUGGACUGAGAAAAGAAUACUUUAUCUUGACCUCGCAUUAGUAAUGGAGUGUUCAUUAUUUGAACCACGCUAUUGCCGUGAUUACUCUCUGACUCGUGAAGAGCAAAUUGAAGCAAACAGAGAUGCAAUCCAGGCGAGAGAACAAUUUCUCAAAACAGUCCAAGAAGAACGCCAACUGCUCCAAACCCAGAAAGAUAACGAACAACGCGAAUAUUGGGAGCAUAUGCAAAAGAUGCUGGAGGACUUUAAUAAGGCUAUGGAACAACAAGAAGAGAUGGAUGAAAUUGUUGUUCUAGAAGAGGACGAAGAAUCUGAGACAAAAUCUGAAACUGAAUCCAACAAUGUCUCAAUUCUUGAAUAUCCACAAACUCCAUCACCAUUGUAUAUCGAAAAUAAGAUAACACUUGCAGAAAUGAUUGCACGAGGUACAGUGGUGAUGCUUCCUGAAAGCCCAAAAAGUCAAAUUGUACAAGAGGUGAAGCCUACCGAGGGUCUUGUCUCGGAACCGCCUUCACCAGCUGCACUAGAAACGUUGGAGGAACCUGUCCUCCUAACAUGUGUUAAAGACACUUCUCUAGAGGAACCUGUUCUGGAGAAAUCCGAGCCCACCACCGACCCCCUUGAUUCCGAUACUGAUGAGUCUGACGAAUCUAUAGACGAAAAAAUACCUUGUGAUGCUGAACCCAUUCCGUCUAUAGAAACUAUCACUGAAGACUCAGGGGAAAGAAUUGUCCUAAUCAUCGAGCCACCAACAGAAAGUCAGCCCAUUGGGGACUUAGAAAGUCAUGUACUGGCGAUUAAGGCCAAUGAUGUUGAUAAACCAAGGAGACUCACACCACCACCCAUCCAAGACGAGUCUCCUCCAUUUUUCCUGUUGCCACCACGCUGCAGGAAUGAGUCAAAGAUCCUGGACUUUGACUGGAAAAGAACAAAACAAAGGUGGCAUCAAAAGAUAGUCAAAAAGGUGAAGCUUGGAAUUAGGAAUGCUGGUGAACCAUUUUGACUCAACAAAAAAAAAGAAAUGACUAACUUUUGU